GUUUCCUUCCUGUUUUCCCAAUCUAAUACCCUGAUAUCUUCCCAAUUGUCAUCAUGCCUGUCGCCGGUUCCAAGGUUCUCCUGUUGGGCUCGGGCUUCGUCACGAAGCCCACCGUUGAGGUUCUCAGCAAGGCUGACGUUAACGUCACUGUUGCCUGCAGAACCCUCGAGAGUGCUCAGAAGCUCUGCGAAGGCUUCAAGAACACCAAGGCCAUCUCCCUCGAUGUCACCGAUGAUGCUGCUCUUGACAAGGCUCUGGAGCAGGUUGACCUUGCCAUCUCCCUGAUCCCCUACACCUUCCACGCCAAUGUCAUCAAGUCCGCCAUCCGCACCAAGAAGCACGUCGUCACCACCUCCUACGUCUCCCCCGCCAUGAUGGAGCUGGAUGAGGAGUGCAAGAAGGCCGGCAUCACCGUCAUGAACGAGAUCGGUCUGGACCCUGGUAUUGACCACCUCUACGCUGUCAAGACCAUCUCCGAGGUUCACGCCGAAGGUGGCAAGAUCACCUCUUUCCUCAGCUACUGCGGUGGCCUCCCCGCCCCCGAGUGCUCCAACAACCCCCUGGGCUACAAGUUCAGCUGGUCCAGCCGCGGUGUCCUCCUUGCCCUCCGCAACGCCGCCAAGUUCUACAAGGACGGCCAAGAAUUCAGCGUCGCCGGUCCCGACCUGAUGGCCACCGCCAAGCCCUACUUCAUCUACCCCGGCUUCGCCUUCGUCGCCUACCCCAACCGCGACUCCUGCCCCUACCGGGAGCGCUACAACAUCCCCGAAGCCCAGACCGUCGUCCGCGGCACCCUCCGCUACCAGGGCUUCCCCGAGAUGAUCAAGGUUCUGGUUGACAUCGGCUUCCUGUCCGACGAGGGCCGCGAGUACCUCAACAGCCCCAUUGCCUGGAAGGAGGCCACGAAGCAGAUCCUCGGCGCCACCUCCUCCGCCGAGAAGGACCUCGAGUGGGCCAUUGCCUCCAAGACGGCCUUCGCUAACAACGAUGACCGCGACCGCAUCAUCUCCGGUCUUCGCUGGAUCGGCCUCUUCAGUGACGAGCAGAUCACUCCCCGUGGUAACCCGCUCGAUACUCUCUGCGCUACUCUCGAGAAGAAGAUGCAGUAUGAGGAGGGUGAGCGUGAUCUGGUUAUGCUGCAGCACAAGUUCGAGAUCGAGCACAAGGAUGGUCAGAAGGAGACUCGUACUUCCACUCUCUGCGAAUAUGGUGUGCCCGGUGGGUACUCGGCUAUGGCUAAGACUGUUGGUGUGCCUUGUGGUGUCGCUGUUAAGUUGGUCUUGGAUGGUACUAUUAACCAGAAGGGUGUUGUUGCUCCCAUGACCAUGGACAUUUGCGCUCCUCUGAUCAAGACCCUCAAGGAGGACUACGGCAUUGAGAUGAUCGAGAAGACUCUGUAAAGAGUAUCUCUUCUCUUAUAAAUUCUCUUCUAUGACGAUAUAUUAACGACUUUGGAGAUGGGUGUUAGAGAAAAAACAUAGGGUAGAUCAAAAAUUCAGAUCGGUUUUGAUGAAGCAGUGAUUAUUGCAAGAAAGAACAGUAGAGGUGUUAUGUGUAUGUAACAGUUACCAGAAGUGUAG